GCAACGAUAUCAAAUUUAAGACACAGCUGCUGCCGGCUGCCCUUAGCACGCUUCAGACAUCCUUCGCUUGCCCUAGGACAUGCAAUAGAGAGAUAAACAUCACAAAAGUCUCGGCACAAUAUGGAUUCAUUUUGCCGUACGUAAACACAACCGAACACAGAGAGCGCCGUGAUCACAGAGCAUGCCAGCUGGACCAAUCUUGAGACAGUCUGUGGCAAGAUCACACCAUGUGUUGGGCACUCUCAGCCAAUUGCAGCGGCCAUAGCGCAAACAAGCACACGCCUACUGUCGACCAAAAUAGGCUAAAGAGAAGCGACAAUGGCGAGAGCGUAAAUAGAAGGAAAUUCCGGGCACUUUAGUCAGAAACAUUUCAAACGUAUGCCGUGGCGGUCCUCAGCGUAUAUAGCAUUACGACAAAAUUAGAUGAUUCUAAGUGAAAAGUGGGUGAAGUGAUUGAAAAUUAAGUGUAAGUGCACGUGCGAGUUUAAGGAAAUGCCACGCAAAAAGCGCGCUUCGAGUCCAUUGGAGCUGUAUGAUGAUGACUUUGAUGAUGCCAGCUCACAAAGUUCACAGCCGCCCGUGCAAAGAAAUGCUGCAAAUGCACGGGAGCGAAUGCGUAUGCGAGUCUUGUCCAGCGCUUAUGGGAGAUUAAAGACCAAAUUGCCCAACAUUCCGCCGGACACAAAGCUUUCAAAAUUGGACACACUACGUUUGGCCACGCUUUACAUUAAGCAGCUAAUUAAUGCCGUUGAGACGGGUAAUGGCGGUGGUAGUCCCCAUGCAUUCGAGACCUUGGCAGAUCCAAGGAAUCGCACACCACAGUUGACAGCUUGUGCCAGCAGCUCCGCCGGCGACGCAUCUUUUAGUUUUCACAAUGGCGGACAUGUCAACAUGAGCUGGCCCUUUGAGUUCCAUCAGCAGCAUGCUCAGAAUCGUCAUCCGAAUCCUACAUACAGCUCAAGCUCCGGAUCGUCCCGCAUGGAUUGGCAGAACACGCCCAGCUCGAGCUAUACCAAGCCUGAAAGAUCUGAACACUCGCCUCCUGAUGCUAGCUACACGCAAUUGCAGCAGACAGAUUGCCACUGGUAUCAAGCAGAAAUGGCCAUGCAACUAGAGUCCACGCGUAAUUUAAAUGGCUGCUGUGCCUAUGAUGCAACUGGACUUGGACAACAACAGCAACAACAACAACGUGGUAUAAGCAUAACAACGAGUCAAACGCAUUUAUGAUUUCAUCUUAUUCUUCUGCCAAAUGUAUUAUAACAAAGUGAUGAGCUCUGUAUUUAUUUAUAAACUAGACCAAAGAUUAGAACUAUAAUGCAAUCCUUACAUUUCCUGUAAA